GUGCAAACAACCUUUCCCCAGCCAUGCGGCAACAAGGCUGUGCUGCUUGCCCUAACACGAUGCCCGCUUUCCCAGUGACAGUGACAGCAGCGACCAUGGUCCGCCUGAUCCUGCUCGUGGGGUGCAAAAGUAUAUCUUUUCCUUCCCUGCCUCUCUUUUGAUUGUGGCUCUUGCUUUCUUCUCCAGACUACAACCUGUCAAUCCCAAGUCCACUUCACGUCAACCGAGCACGAGGCACUAGAUAGUCCUCUUUGACGAAAGCAAACCCCACAGUCUACUCGUCACCGUCCUCAAGAUGAAGUCUUUCGCGAUCGCAGCAGCCUUGUUCGCCAGCACCUCUUUCGCAUGGCUCCCUUCCUGCGCCGUAUGUAAUCCCAGUCCUCGUCUCAUGGCCCGAAAGCUGACACCAGACCCAGUGGAAUGACUGUAUGGGAAGCUGGGAUGGAUCUUCCUGCACAUCAAGUAGUGGUUGGGACUGCCUUUGCUCCAAUCAAACCGCCAUCUCUCAACUGAACACCUGUGUCGCUACCUCCUGCACAAACACCACAGAUCAAGAAGCUAUCUUCGGCGCAGUCGCACAACUCUGCGCCAAUGCCGGCGUGACUGUCACCGCUUCUCAGGAAGCUUCCUUCAGUGCUACAUCCGGUGGCUCUGCCUGGCCUUCCCAGAUCACUGCUGCCCCCGGCUUCGGCCCUGGCGGCAACUGGAACUCUGGUGCAUGGUCCAGCUGGAUCUCCGCUGCCUCUACUGGCUUGCCCUCCGCACCCUCCGGCUGGGGCGGCCAAGGUGGCUGGGGCGGACCAGGCGCAUGGGGAGGUCAUGGUGGUUCAGGCUCCGGCGCUCCUUUCGGUGGACCUUGGGGCACACUUGCAAGCGGUAUUCCAUGCAAUCAAUGGACUACCUGGACCGCUGGCUGGGGACCUUUCUCCUCUUGGACCGGUACCUGGUCUGGCUGCAGCAGCACCACAGCUUCUCCUAUCCCAGCGACCAUCACGACGACCAUCACCACCAGUGGAAGCACUGAAGUCGUCACUGGCACCACCUUCGGUAUCCAGGCUGUUGCAGCUGCCACCACAACAGGAAGCUCUGGCAGCAGCAGUGGUGCCUCUUCGCUUCGUGGCCUUGGUGCUUGCGGUGCUGUCGCCGCGGCCAUCUUCGCCGCUAUGGUUGCUUUGUAAAGUGCUUGAAAAGCUUGGUUGAGCGCCAUCUCUCAUUAUAUCUUGACGAUACCAUGCAUUUACAGGCCUAGGGAAGCGUUGCGGAUUUGGGAACUUUUGCGACAUGAGAUUGAUGACUUUUUAUGCUGAGCUUAUGAAUGGCUUGUAUUGCUACCGGGACAUUAUGGAGUUUCAUUGAUAAUGCUACAUAGCCCUAGACAAUCUCAAAUCGAUGUUCAAACAUCUG